GAUCCAUUGCCAUUGGACACCGAACCUUGGAAUUUCCAAACUUAAUUCGUUUACUUCUUUAUACUAUAUACGUGGUCUCAUGGGAAUAUCAGAUGGCAAGACUCUUCUCUUCUAGCUGACAACAGGAAUCAUAGUUACAAAAACGUAUUAACUUGAUGGAAAAACAAAUCAUGUCUCUCCCUUCGGCAAACAUAAAGGCGCAACAGUCUUCAAUUCGGAAUUUCUUCCAGCCCAAAUCGCCAACUUACGCUCCACCCCCCGCAGCGUUUCGAACACAAGCUGCUGCCACUCCUCCCGCACCACUUCCGCCAGCAGCUACAACGACUGAACAAAAUGGGCCACCACCGCCAAUAUCUUCACCAAGACCGUCCUCCCUCCACCCACAAGCGACAAUAUCCCCCAUCCUACCCGAACACAUCCCCGCCCUCCGCCGCAUAACCGCCCUACUCCUCCCAGUCAACUACCCAGACUCCUUCUACGCGCGGCUCUCCGACCCCCUCUCCUCCGGCGCCUUCAGCCGCGUACUCCUCUGGACCGACGACAAUUCAACCGCCGCGCCAAAAGUAAUAGGGGGUCUAGUCUGCCGUCCCGAACCCUCUCCUUUCCACCCAACCUCCCGCAAACCCAACGAGCCCACAAGUCCCGGCGCUCAACCCAAUGCGCUGUACAUCCAAUCCCUAGUCCUACUCUCUCCAUACCGCCGCUUAGGUCUCGCAGCAGCAUUAUUGGAUGAAGUCGCAGCACUAGCAGCAGCAAGCCCGUUCGCAUGUAGCGACGUGUAUGCACAUGUGUGGACUGAUAACGCGGAUGGACUGCGCUGGUAUCUAGCGCGCGGGUUCGCGAAGCAUGGCGGUGCGGUGCCGGGGUAUUAUUUCAAGUUGCGGCCGGAUAGUGCGUGGAUUGUAAGGCGGCAGAUCGAUCCCAACUCCUCCACCGCUACCACCGCUACCGACCUCAACGGUAUAGCUUCAACGACUUCUAUACCCCCAAGCACAACGGCAGCAGCAGCGAAUCUCCCCACACCACCGGUCUUAGCGACUACGAGCACGGCUCCGCCGCCUAGGAGUAAUGGACCCUCACCACUGUCUCCUCUUCGCAGUCCGGGGAUGUCGUUCCAGAACGCGCGGCCGGAGACUGAGUGGAAUGAUCUACCGGCUGAUAUGCAUGCGGGUGUAUUGGGAGGAGGUCCGCCUAGUGGUGCGAGUUCGCGGAGUAGUAGCUCUGCGCCGCGGAAGAAGAGGGAUCGGGCUUACCCGGCUGCGGCAUUUGGGAAGUAAGGGUUGAGUGCGUAGGCGCCUGAGAACAUCGAGAGUACGAAAAAUUCGAAUCCUGAGAUACGGAAACGAGACGAUACGGCAAGGCAAGGCAAAGGAGCCGGGAUUAUAUGUAAAUAUUUACGGGUAUGGUUUGGAUCGCCAUUAUACGGAGGAAUUAAGUAGAGCUAAGUCGUAGUAUGUCUAUAGAGCUGAUAGUAUUAUCAUAGAUGGGAGGGAAGCCUGGUGGUCCAGUGAUAAUGAAUAAUUAGACAAAACAACAUUAUUUUAUCAUAUAUAAAGUUUUCUUUUAUUGAACA